GACGAGAGCAAGCCUUAGCGUGCCUGUGGCGAUCGAGUGGCGAAAGCGCGUGAGACGCGACUCGGCAACCCACCGGCACAUCACGUGCAAGCCAAACACGACCAAGCGUGGCAAUGCGCGCACAAAAGGGCGCGUUGAACGCGCGAAUCCGCAUCUCCGUCUCUUCCUCUCGCCCACCACAACCUCAAGACUUCCCGCCCCGCCCGCCGCUCUAGUCGUCGGUCGCAGCCUCACUACACACCUCUACACCAACUCAUCACUCAACCACCCCCCUACUACUUCUAAACAUGUCUGGACGCGGAAAAGGUGGAAAGGGUCUCGGAAAGGGCGGUGCUAAGCGUCACCGCAAGAUUCUUCGUGACAACAUCCAGGGUAUCACCAAGCCCGCCAUUCGUCGUCUUGCCCGCCGUGGCGGUGUCAAGCGUAUCUCUGGUCUCAUCUACGAGGAGACUCGCGGUGUUCUCAAGAUCUUCCUCGAGAAUGUCAUCCGUGACUCUGUCACGUACACUGAGCACGCCAAGCGCAAAACCGUGACUGCCCUCGAUGUCGUCUACGCGUUGAAGCGCUCUGGCCGUACCCUCUACGGUUUCGGUGCUUGAGCGAUAUAGAUUGUCGCUCGGCCCGUCUCCCCUUUUCACUUCUUUGUAUCUCAGUACAUGUAACAUUACUCUGUCUGAUCCUAUCUCUCCGACGUUGGCCAAUUAAUGUGAUCAAUGACAUUCC